AGUAGUCAUGGAAUGCAAUAAUCAGAACAGCAGAGAUUUAGAUGGUGAAUACCAUAAUUAUCACCGCCAGAACUCAGUGAGUAACAAUAAUGGUCAGUCAAAGCUUUGCUCAAGAGGUCACUGGAGACCUGCAGAGGAUUCUAAACUCAAGGAACUUGUUGCCCUCUAUGGCCCUCAGAAUUGGAACCUUAUCGCAGAAAAAUUAGAGGGAAGAUCAGGAAAGAGUUGUAGACUGAGAUGGUUUAACCAGUUAGACCCAAUGAUAACUAGAAAGGCGUUCAGUGAAGAUGAAGAACAAAGAUUAAUGGAUGCUCAUAGAUUAUAUGGUAACAAAUGGGCUACGAUUGCUAGACUUUUUCAUGGAAGAACUGAUAACUCAGUGAAGAAUCAUUGGCAUGUUAUCAUGGCUAGAAAAUAUAGAGAACGGUCUACUAGUUCUUCUUCUUAUAGGAGAAGGGAAUCAACUUCAUUUUUACAUGAAAGUUCAUCAUCUUAUCUUGGAUCUUCAAUGAACAACAACCGGUUUUGUGAAGAUCACCUACAAUCACCACCACCAGCACCACCUCGUGACUUCUUCUCUGCUGCUGGUCAGAAGGACCAUAUUAGGUGUACAUGGGAAGUGCAGCCAAGAAAUGAUUACUGUUCCAACUUCAUGCUACCACCUACUUCUACCUAUUAUCAUGACUCAAUGCAUCAUCAUGACUUACUGCAGCAAGAACAGCAACAAUAUCAACCCACCACUUACUCUCAUUCAUCAUCUAGAACAUCAACAUCUCAUGUCUCGGUCAGUGAUCAUUUUCAAGCAUCAUCAUCCUCGUCAGUAGACAACAACAACAACAACAAUAGAGUUAUUGCAACAACCUAUGUUGACACUACUGUUACACCACCUUUUAUAGACUUUCUUGGGGUAGGAGCAACAUGA